AACCCUUGUCCUCUCUGCACCUGCCCAUUACUUCCCUUCAGUGCCUUUUCUCCCAUGGUCCAUUAUCCUCUCCUAUCAGAUUCCUUCUUAUUCAGCCCUAUACCUCUUCCAACUAUCAUCUCCCAGCUCCUAACUUCAUCCCCUCUCCCUUUCUGUACUUUUGAUCCUGAUGAUCUCUGACCUUCUCAUAUUUUCUGCACUGUGAACUUUCUCUUCAGUGAUCUAAAUACUGACAAGUUGAAGACAGCAGGUGAUGUAAUUGACUGGAUGAUCAGACAUGGAUAUCCCUUUACAGGUCUGAGGGAAGAAACAUGAUGCUGAUGUGGAUUUUGGUGGUGACCACACUGCUUGUCAGUGAUGUGGCAGUCGCAAUUCCUAUCCAACAAAAUGGGAAUGAUCCCGUGGACAUGAAGCAGCGAUGGUCCCCGUAUUACAGUCUAACCCAAGGACGUUGUGAUGAAAAUUGGUUUUAUUUUGUUGAUCUAAAAUCCUGUUUCCGGUACUACAGUAACCCAAUGACAUGGAAUGAAGCUGAGGAUUUCUGCAAUCGAUACACACAUUAUGGAAAUCUGGCAACUGUGACCUCAGACAGACACAACAAAUUCAUUUCAAAAGUGAUCACUUAUGUGGAUAAAAAGAACCCAACGACGUGGAUUGGCCUGAAUGACAUAUGGGAGGAAGGGAAUUUCACAUGGAGUGAUGGAACAAGCUACACCUAUAGAAAUUGGGCUAAAUCUGAACCCAGUGAUCGACAGUCCAGUGAAAACUGUGUGCAGAUUCAUUUUUUUUCAGGUUCUGAAAAGUGGAAUGAUUCUAAAUGUGACUGGAAACUUGGUUUUGUUUGUUCGUACAAACUGCACUGAAAUUGGAAGACUCCAGAACCAUCCUCUCAUGAUUUCAAACAGUGGAUUCAGUGCCCUGAUU